AUGUACGCGCCUAUCAAGAUGCGCUAUGUCAUCGCAUUCUGGGCAGGCGCUGCCACGCUUGGGCCGGCGCUAGAGCCAGUCAUCUCUGGGUUUGCGGUAUCGGCUGAAGGUUGGAGGUGGAGCUCGUGGGAACUUCUCUGGCUCUCAGCACCCAUACUGCUGAUUUUGAUCGCAUUUCUGCCUGAAACAUCACACGAUACGAUCCUGCUGAGGCGAGCACAACGCCUCCGGCAGCGUACUUCCCGCAACGAGUUGAAAUCUCAGCCCGAGGUUGAUAUGGCUAGCUUCACGGUACUUGAAAUUGCACAGGACGCUUUGGUCAAACCAUGGCAGAUCAACGUCCUCGACCCGGCGCGGCGGUACUCUUCACCACAAUAUACACCGCAGCUCUAUGGCUUUAACCUCGGGCAAACUGGAUUACCAUUUCUCAUUGUCUUGGUGGCGCUAGUGAUAUCCAUUACUGGGUAUAUCGCUUUCUUCUAUUACCAUGCGGAGCCUAUCAUGCAGAGUCAGACAGGCUUUGGAUCACCCGAAGCGCGUCUGGUCCCAGGCCUAUAUGCUUCGUUCCUUGUUCCGGUUGCUUGUUUCAUGUUCGCGUGGACAACGAAGCAGUCUGUCCACUGGAUCGCGAGUGUGACUGGAAUGGGGCUGAACAUGUGUGGCACGUACACAGUGAUGCAGCGUAUGUUUCUGUACCUGCCAUUUACAUAUUCAAAAUACUCUGCGUCUCUGUUUGCAGCAAACAACCUUGCACGUAGGAGUUUUGCCGCUGGAGCAAUCUUAUUCUCUCGCCCAAUGUUCCUGCCUCUUACGGUGCCUGGUGGAGUUAGCAUGCUCCGUGGACUCACAAUCAUAUGCAUUGGAGGGAUUUUUCUGGACUACUUUUAUGUUGCAGCACGAGAGCACGUAGUAGAUUUGCAGUAG